CACGGGCAAGGGCCCACGGGCAACAAUGUCGGCGAGAAGUAGGACGAGCAACCAAUACUCGUCGACGGGGAACCCCUUCUACGCCAAGCUAUCGGAAUUAAAGGACGCGCUUGGAGCAGUCCUGAACAACCGGGGAGGGGACACACAUGGCAUCGCGGUGGAGCAGCCGCAGCUGAAGACAGCGAAACUGCGUGCGUCGAAGGUGACUGACCCCAUCCUCAGCAAUCCUCUGACGUCCCCAUCGAAGGUGGACACAUGCAGUUCAAUCGGCGAAAGCUUGUCCUAAGCCCGACCCCAGGUCAAAAGGCCUGCCGCCGUACGGCGCCAUGGGAGAGCAAACCUCGGCAACCACUGGUCGAAUCGACGUACCCGAUGCCGUCAACGAUAGCUGGGACUCGUGCGAGCACGGCGAACGUUGUUGCGUGUCNUCUUGUCCUAAGCCCGACCCCAGGUCAAAAGGCCUGCCGCCGUACGGCGCCAUGGGAGAGCAAACCUCGGCAACCACUGGUCGAAUCGACGUACCCGAUGGCUUCAACGAAAGCUGGGACUCGUGCGAGCACGGCGAACGUUGUUGCGUGUCAAUUGACGACCUGUGCGCUGAGAUCAAAGGGCGAUCUCGUAUACUAGCUUUUUACGACACCGCCCUACGGCGCCACCUUUCCCCCGUGGGAGAGCAUAUCUCCGCAACCACCGGUUGGAUGGACGUUCCCGAUGACCUCAACAAAAGCGGGGAAUCGUUCCAGCACAGCGGACGUUGUCGCGUGCCAUUUAACAACCUGUGCGCUGAGAUCCGGG